AAGCUUAGCCGAACGCGGCGAGAGUCUGUGACGGCGUUUAUCAUCGUUAUCAUCGGCUGCUGUGGAGGUUCCUUAUCUCCUGCUGCAGUUUUCGGCCUCGACGUCUCGAACUGGCAGCCAAAAGCGAAAUAUUCCUCACUAGAUAUUGGCAGUGAUACGGUCCUGGCAACUGCCGAGCAGACAACAAAAGAAGCAUUGAUAAUGCUGUGUGUUGGCCAUGUGUGUGUGGACAUGAUUAACAUAUGUUCAUCCUAUCCAGAAGAAGACGGCAAAGUAGGAACUACAACAAAAAUAAACAGGAAAUACUGUGUGUUGGUCUCUGCUGCCUUGACAUCAUUAGCCAACUACCUCAGUUCCCAAAGGAAGACACAGACCAAAGGUGUCAUGACCAGCGAUGGCAGCGGGGAGGAAAUGCAGCUAACAAUUGUACCGUUUUAGGAUUGCUUGGAGCAAAGCCAUCUUUUCUGGGGACCAUUGCUGGAUCUCAUGAAAAAACGUUCCUUCUAGAUGAUUUUGCAAAGUACAAUGUGGACACAAAGUGUGUUGUGGUGCAUGAGGACUGUGACUGCCCGGCAUCAUGUGUCAUUCUAAGCAUGGAAACUGGAUCUAGAACUAUAAUUCACUCAAAUAAGAACCUGCCUGAACUUACUGUUGAAGACUUCUGCAAAGUCAAUCUUUCUGCUUUUAGAUGGGUUCAUUUUGAGCUGUGCUGUACCUUGGUAAUGGUUCUUUACUGGAGCGAGGGAAGCUAAGUAAGUGACCAUGCUGUCUUAUUUUGUCGUUUCUACAUGUGAGUCCCUACAUCAGGAAGGUCAUUACCUUUUUG